AUGGAGCUGAACACUGGCAAGAAGGCCCGCGUGAUAACAGCUAUGCGCCAAGCAAAGCAGCAUCUUUUCAACUAUCAGGGUUACAUUGGUGCCUACCUGUUGAUUGGCGGCGUUGACCCGACCGGUCCUCAUCUUUAUGAAUGUACCGCCAACGGCACCACGAUGCACAAGGAAUUCGCUGCCCAGGGAUCCGGUAGCUAUGCCGCUAUCUCGAUUCUCGAACGCGACUUCAAGCCCAAGAUGACGGAAGCCGAAGCGAAGGAUCUGGUGCAACGUGCUCUCCACGCCGGUAUGCACGGUGACAACGCGUCAGGAAACAGCCUAAACCUGGUCAUCAUCCGCCCGGAGAAGACGAUUUUCGAAGGACCGAUUGUGCCAGAGUUCUGUAAAAAACCCGAACCCAUCGAUUUGGACUACAAAUUCAAGGCUGGCUCGACUGCGGUCCUCAAGCGCAAGGAGAUCAAGUACGAGAUCGUCGAGAGCAUGGAUGACGAUGUGUCGCAGCAAGUGCGUCAUAUCAGGACCAGCAUCAUCCCUAACCUCCGAAAAGCCCGGUUUUCGCAAGCCAAAGUCUUCCGCGAUCUCCAAGAGAAAAUCAACGUGCAGGGCUCGUUGUGCCAACAACUAGAAGAUGAUCAGAACGCACGCGAAGCGGCACUCAGAAAACUAACUACUGACGAAAUCGAGGCCAAAGAGAUGCUGGAACAGGUGCUUGGGAAACGUGAAGCUGAAAAGAGCGCCGACGACUCUUUGCGCAGGGGAAUUUCUGAUGAUUGCGAAUACCUCGUUGAAUCGACCUCAGAAAUGGCUGUAAAGCAGAUUGCUGCAAUGGAGAAGCAGCUGAGCGCCCGGGAACACGGCUGUCUUGUCGACGUGCGAGACGACGGCGUAAAUGUCGUCGGCUUGCACCCGGGGCUGCAACAGUUGACACAUAUCAGCCACUACGACGAGAACGGAGACGAGAUUAUGGAUCUCCCCGAUCGGUUGAUGAACCAAGACCGUGUCAACGCGCUCAUCCUGGUUAAUUGUGUCCACAGCACCUGCGGCUGGGUCGAGUGGGGUUACGAAAAGGUGAACCAGCGUCACUUGAAGAAUUACGGGAUGACCUCAUUUGUGGCCGACUAUUUGAUGUGGCAUCAUUUUGGGCGUCGCAUCGACGAGUGCUCUUCCGACAUCGUCAGGCAGUACCGGGUCUAUUUCCAGCACCUGCCGAAUCCCACAAACCUGUCUAUGCUAAUUGAUGCCUAUAUAAACCGGACUCCUAUCAACUUCUCGCGUGAAGGAGGCGCUGCCGGGCCGCAGUUGAGGGUCCCUGUCUUGCAGCUCGUCGGAGCUGGCUCGGCAUUUGUCAACGAGACGGUUGAGGUGAAUACCCGUUUGGAUCCGUCCAAGAGUGACUGGAUUAAGGUCUCUGGCUCUUGCGGGCUAGUGCUGGACGAUCGACCGGAAGCCGUCACCGAAGCCCUGAUGCUGUUCUUACAGGGACUUGGAUAUUUCCCAACGAUGAACGUCGUCAAGCUGAUGAAGCAGAUUCACGAGGCCCAAAGCGGCUCCUAUGCGGCCGAACAGCGCUGCGUCGACGAAUGU